UUCUUAAGUUGCUGUUUGGUUUCUUGGCCAUUCGGAGGCACUAUGUUCCGUCUUCUAAUCCUUAUUGGUGCUUGAGGUGGUGUCGCGAACGAUGCCCAGCUCAGCCCAGGCCAUGAUCUUCGCAGCUCCGCAAAACAGGACGAAAUCACUCAAACUCUCCAGCUAGACCGCCACCCGCGUCCAUGGCUCUUUGCGAUAGGUGCCAGCGUAUCAACGUACUCGAAAUAAUUCUUCAAUCCGUUCCUCCUGAUCCUUCCCGCCUGGCUGAUGGCUGGACACAUUCAGAUACCUACGCUUCCCUCAGGUCUAGUGCCGUGACCUGCUCACUUUGCUCCAUUUUUCUCGGAAAUGACCCCAUGAACCAAAAAGUCGAGAUUGAUGAUGAUGACUGUGUGAAGCUAUUGCCGUUCACGAGGGAGCGCUGGCCCCGGGACGAAUCAUCUGCGAGGCAUGGGGUUCCGUUGGCGGGUCUGGAGGUCAAAAUCGGUCCCAAGGGCAAAAAUGCGAUCAGUUCCGUGAAGCAUGUUCCUAUAUGGACAGAAAAUGACAGUCCCGAGGAAAUCAGGCAGUUCAUGAUGUCCAGACCGUGCGGGCCAGUGGGAGAUGAGACGAUAAUAAAGAGAUGGCUUCGUGCCUGUCUGAGGGACCACCCGGGCUGCAGAAUCCCGACGCCCGGGGUCGAGGGAACCGUGGAUGAAGAGGCUGUAAAGCUUCCCUCCCUUGUUAUCGACAUAGGCUCCGCGGCCCCCUUUAGCGACCCGUUUCUCGUGGAGACCCAGGGCCGCAAGGGCCGGUACGCGGCUUUGAGCCACUGCUGGGGAAGCGGUAAGGCUACGAGGACGUUGAAGGGAAACCUCCGGGACCACAUGACGCGCAUCCCGAUGGGGGAGCUAUGCGCCAACUUUCAGCACGCUGUCGAGAUCAGCCGGAAACUGGGGUUCCAGUAUCUCUGGAUCGACUCCCUGUGCAUCAUCCAGGACGAUGGGGCCCAUUGGGAAAGCGAGUCCGCGAAAAUGGCCGAAGUCUACAGUCACGCGUCCCUCGUCCUCUCUGCUGCUAACAGCUCAUCAGCCGACGAGGGGUUUCUCAAGAGCAGGCGGCCCCUUAAGUCAGUCACCCUCCCAUUCAGAUUUCUGGAUGGAACAGCUCUUGGCCACUUCACCAUUGCGGAGCAGACAUCAGACGAAAUCUACCGAGACGAUUUCAGGAACGACGUCGAGGGCGGGCCCCUGGCCAAACGCGGCUGGACUCUUCAAGAGCGCUUGUUGGCGAGGCGCAACAUCUUCUUCGGCCGCGAUGAGUUCCACUGGGAGUGUCGGUCCGCGCGGUGGAGCGAAAGCACCGACAUGCGGCCCAUUCGUUACGUCGACGUCAGUGCUGGGCUGGCAUAUUUCCGUGGACUCCCACUCUUCGGUGGGCAUGACAAGCAGGGCAGAUCGCAGCUCCUCAACGAUUGGUACAUGUUAGUGUUGGAGUUCACGAAGCGCAGCCUGACCAAGAAGGACAUCGACAUGCUUCCAGCCUUGUCUGGGAUGGCCAAGGUAGUGGAGUCUGCUUUCCGCGCUGAGACACACACGGUUUACUGUGCUGGCUUGUGGAGCCAUGACCUUCCCCGUGCGGUACUCUGGAAGAGUUUCGGUUCCGAGUCUGGAAACAACACAGCCCUCCCAGGCCCUUCCUGGUCCUGGAUUUCUCAGGAUGCCAGGAUAUUUCCCGCCCGUGAGGAGGCUGACGCGGUCAUUGACAUCUCCAACAUCAGCUGGGAUGUGGCUCUCGCCGGAACGGACCCCCACGGGAGAGUUGCCCAGGGGACUGUUACAUUCCAGGGAUACAUCAAAGAAGUGCCCUCAAUCAAGCUCAUCCACACGGAAGAUUCCAAGAGGAGCAGAAGCACCCCCUACCCCCUCUCAAAUGCCCUCGUAUACGACCACAUGUCUCAGCAAAUCGGCGCCGUCGUUCUCGACGACCCGUCGGACGGGAGAGUCUUCAGCCAGAAGCUAUACGCCGUGCCAAUCAGGCAUCUGAUGUCCACCUUUCAGUCCGUUAGGGAGAUUCAGGCGCUCCUGUUGCGGGAGGCUGACGAGGGAGCGUAUCGGAGGAUAGGGGUCGUGGACAUGAUGGGGAGCAACGCCAAUGAUGACCACUGCAAAGACGCCCCUUUUGCGCAGCCGCUUCAGGUGUUCUUCUACGAUGCCCGAAAGGAGAUGAUCCGUUUGGUUUGAAAUUUUGACAGUACACGGGUGUUAAUUAUGUGGCCUCUCCGUAUAGUCUGUAUGUGGCGUUGGGGUUGAACAGGUAAUGACAACUCGGCAACUAGAACUGUAUCUAACAAUACAGUUACGAAUUAUUUACUAAUUAGUGAAGGUGACUGCGUAGUCCAGAACCUAGAAGCAAAUUGCUAAGAAUUCAAGCUAAGAAGAAACGGCAGUCAGCUUACUCACUCUCAGAUGAUUUUGUGCAAGCUUUGUCUUCUAGGAAUGGACCGAGUACCAGGGAUCAAAAAUUUAAAUGGA